CUCUGUAUUUCACCUGCGCUCCCUCACAUUGGAUUGUUUCGGACUUUCCCCGCCUAUUCCAAACACUAGUGACAUAUCUGCGGGCCAUAUUUGUACAGCUCAGACCGACUUCAACUCCUCAUUUCUUGAAGCUCACCAGCGGAAUCCACACAGCCUGACAGUUUCUUUAUAAAAAUGGAUUCGGCUGCUUUCCUGUUGCUGGCUUUCGUGAGCACCGAAACGCUUCUCCAAGUUUGGGGUACAGAAAGUUUGACUGCCUUGUAUGGAGAGAUCAUUAAUAUACCAUGCAAUGAUGGAGCUCCAGCACCAGAAGAUCUGAUGUUCGUCAAGUGGAAAUACGAAAAAGAUGAUGGCACUCCUGGCGACCUGUUGAUCAAACAAGGCCGCAACGAGCAGGCCACAGUUCAGGCCACAGACGAUUAUGCCCAGCGGGUUAGCAUCGAUGACCAGUUAAACCUGCUCAUCACCCAGGCCUCGCUGAAAGACCAAAAGACCUUCACCUGCAUGGUGGUGUCCAGCAGCAACCUCAUGGAGUACCCCGUCUCUGUCGCUGUUUACAAGAAACCGUCUUCAGUUGAGAUUAUGGACACGACUGCUGUGUUGCUGAAGGACAAACCGACAACGGUGGGAACAUGUGUUGCGGCAGAUGCAAACCCCGCAGCUAUGAUCACAUGGAAAAAGAAUGGAAACCCUUUGGUAGCCGAUGGGAAAGCCGUUCUGAUCACUCCCAGCAUAAAGCUGGAUCCAGCCACAGGCCUAUCCACCACCUCCUCCACCCUCCAGUAUGCAGCUUCCAAGGAGGACGCUGUCGCAGUCUUUGCUUGCAUGUCCACACAUAAGCUGACCAAUCAGGAGACUGACCUGAAACCCUUUCCCAUUCACUAUCCAACAGAGAAGGUUAGCCUCCAAAUAAUGUCCAAAGGACCCAUCUUAGAGGGAGAUAACAUGACAUUGAAGUGUCACGCUGAUGGCAACCCUCCACCCAGCUCCUUCUUCUUCCACAUCAAGGGCCAGAAAUUGCUGGUGGAAAAUUCGGACAGCUACACUUUGACUGACAUCAACAGAGCGGCUGGGGGUGAAUACAAAUGCUCCCUGGUUGACAACGAGAAAAUGGACGCCUCCCAAAGCAUUUUUGUUAGCUACAUUGACUUGAGUCUGACGCCAACUGGGAAAGUUGUGAAGGCAGAAGGGGACACCUUUUCUGUGAAGGUGGAGAAGAGCGCCUCGGGUGACGCUAAAGUGUCAUGGACAAAGAAUGGAAAGGCAAUGAAGGAGCCGGUGUUUAGCAAGUUGACGUAUGCUGAUGCAGGAGUCUAUGUGUGUGAGGUUUCCAUGACCGGCCUCAUGCGACGUCAGAGCUUUGAACUGGUCGUAGAAGGAAAGCCUGUGAUCACAAGCCUAACCAAACACCGUGCUGAUGAUGCCAAUUACAAAGUUCUGAUCUGCGAGGCUGCGGGAGUUCCAGAACCCAACUUCAUGUGGAGUGUCAAUAGCACAAACGAGGAGAGCUCCUACACCAGUGGCAGGGCCACCAAUAAGAUCACUGUGAUUCCCAAGUUGAAUCUGACUGUCACCUGCAGCGUCAGCAACAAGCUGGGAGAAGAUAUCAUGACCAUCAAUGUUUCCUCUGUUUUUAAGGAGGAAAAAGAGAAAAAAGGCUCUCAGGAGGAAUCAGAGGACCAGGCGAAGCUCAUAGUGGGAGUUGUGGCAGGGCUCCUUAUAGCUGCUGCCAUCGUGGGACUCAUCUACUGGCUCUACAUGAAGAACUCCAGACAAGGAAGCUGGAAAACCGGUGAGAAGGAGGUGGGAACAUCUGAAGAGAGCAAGAAACUAGAGGAGAACAAUCACACGGUUUGAAGGCACUCAGGCUGUACGACAUGGGAUGAAAGGAAGAAGCCGUUGAAAGCAGCCGUGGAACAUUACAAAUACAGACUCCCAGUUGCUGCUGACACCCUUCAUCAGGCUCCACAUAAGCAGCAAGAAUCAGAGUAAUUUUCACCAAGUGCUGCCCACAUCCUGCUGUCCCACCUCACUGUUUGAAGUCUGCACUGAGGCUGCCUCGUGUUACUGUUUCAUUUUGUAUUCCUGGUGAAUGCUCCAUGAUAUGUUUUGUUGAGCGAUUGUGCUCAGGCUGUGUUGGGUGUUUUUGACGCUUAGUUCUUCCUUUAGGAUAUUAUUUUUGGUUUGUUUGUUCUUGAAUUUCUUAAAAAAUGUAAAUCCCUUGUACACUUUUUAAGGCCUCUAUAGUGCAUUCUAAUAGCUAAAUGCAUGUGCCCUGCUUGAGAAUGCCAAUGUUUAUUGUAAUUUUUUACUUUCUUUGAGCGCUGUGUGGAAAAGCUCGGAGAAAACUACACUUUACUACUGUAUAACCCUACUAAGACUGUCCUCAAACUUUAAGAUCACCUCAACAUCUCUUCACCACAUUGUCUGUCCACUACAGAAAGUUAUAGUCAUGAUAUUAAAUAAGGAACUGGAAGUACAAUGAAUGAUAUCUUUACAUUCAGUUUAUUGUAACUGUGACUCCCAAAAACAAACUUAUUGUGUUUUGAAUCACAUAUGUGUAAAUGUAAAUUGGAUAUCAGCAAAUUUGCAUUAUGACACACUUAACCACUAAUUAGUUUUUGUAAAUUACAGUAAUUUCUCCCCAGCUUUUGUUAGUCGAGAGAGAGAGACUUUGGAAUUCCUUUGCAUUGCAAAUAUUUUAUCUGAAAAGGCAAAAAGUCCUCAAAAAAGUGCAACAACUUGUAAGAAAUGCAAAAGUGGGUACUGCCAUAAUGUUUCUUUUUUAUAAGUCCAUGCUAAAAUGAGUUUGUUCACCUUUAAUUUAGUUUAUUACACUACAUUUGACCUGUCUGCGCUACAGUUCCUGUACCAUAUUUUAUUUCUCAAGUUUUCAUUUUGGAAGAUUACUUUAUGCCAUGUCUCAAAUCUGUUUUCGUGUUUUCAAUGUAUUUAUAUUCUGUGUGCAAUUUCUCUGUUUUUAAGCCUGCGUGGAAGGCAUCAUCAAGUGAAAAGGUACUGUAUAGUAGGAGAGUUAGAUGAGAGUGAAUAAGGCUAUACAGUAUCUGCGCUCAUUCUCUGCUGUAUUAUUAUUAUUAAUAUUAUCUAUUAUAUGUGUCAUGUGUCAUGUUUAUCUCAGUGGUGUGAAGAAUGACCCAUACUGAAGACCGUGGUUGAGAUUUGCAGAUUAGAUGAGGUGCAUAAAGAUGGUAGCUCUCAUUUUGCUCUAGUACAUCCCACAAUGCAACACCCCAGUGACCUCGCAAGGACAAAGGGUUGAUAGAACAAGUUGUUCUGAUAAAUAACUUAACAAAAGAAGCUUCCACCUUUCACUUCAACCACAUGUUAAUAUUUCUGAGAUUACCAGUGGGUUAUGACUAAUUACCAAUAGUCAGAUUUAGAAUAAAUUUGAGUCGCCAUCUGGCAGCAAUUUACUUGUGGUAAUUAAAGGAUGAACUGGUUUUGUAGACUAAUGACUUUCGACCAGUAUUUUAAAGGAUUUAGUGUCAUCUAGCAAUGAGGUUGCAGAUGUCCAAGUGUGUAGAGGCCUUCAGGUAAUGUACAAAGAUAGAAAGGUCCUCUCUAAAGCCAGAGUUUGGUUCGGCGCAGCAAGGCGGACUCCGUGGAAGAGGACCUGCUGCCGAUAUGAAGGCCUCAUUCUUGAGAAUCUUAGUUUCAGGGAAAUACACACCAAAGACGAUAAGUUAUAAUUAUUAUAUUAUAUGUCUGCCAAUAAAUCCCCCUAAAUCCUACACACUGGUCCUUUAAGUUGACUUUUCAAAUAUCUAAUGCAGAUAAUGUUAAUUGCUCAUAACACACUAAAUGUUAAGUUAAAGGAACAUUGCACCAAAAGAUUAGUUGUGAAUGUCUCUUGCAUGUCAGUUUUUCAAACUGAAGCAAAGAGAUGACAUUCCAAUCUACACGUGUGUAGAAGUUACAUUUGUUCUCAUGCCUUUCGUUCCUUUUCAAAUAAUCAGGUCAGAAGUGAAACCAAAGAUGGUAAUGAUGUGUUGUAAAUACAGACUUUUGUUUUUGUACUGUUGACAAUAAAGUGGACAUUUUGAAACAAAAAG